AUGUGGAUUUACAAGGGGGUGAAGUAUUUAUGCAGAGGCAAGCAGGGGGAGCUCAAGGACGGGGAAGUGCCCAAGUAUGAUAGCAACGGCAAGCCCAUUUCAAUUACUUACUUUCAAGAUGGUUGGGACUGGCUGCUUAAGGGACUGACAAUUACAGCGAACCUGCUGGCAGGCGGAUCAAUAGGACUAUUUGCCUGGCUGCUGUUCAAGUUGGCUGAUACCCUAUUUGACUCGGCGGGGGGGACCUGGCAGCUUUGGAUUGUUUACAUGGCAUUAGAUUGUGUUCUACUUGGAGUGUUGUUGACUCUCGGUACAUUUUUCGCUGAGUGGUCUGCUGAAAGACAGUUGUUGAAGAUCAGGCAGAGAUUUCUGAAAGAGGUCAUGCGUCAGGACAUCUCAUAUUUUGAUGGUUACGAUGCCACUGCUCUGGCUUCCAAGUUGAUGAUGAAUACUCGGCUAGUCCGAGACCUCAUUGGUAUUCGCACAUCAAUGGCUUACAUGUACAUUGGCGUGAUUGUCGCAUUGCUUGAAGUUGCUUUUCAGAACCAGGCUGGUGUUGCCGGAGUGUCCUUGUGCGUGCUUCCCGUUAUUGUCCUCUCGGGGUGGUGGGCAGGCAGGAUCGAGUACAAAGCGACACUCAAGGUGAAGGAAUCAAAUGAAACCGCCAACAGUGUAGCACUCGAGGCCAUUACCAACAUGAGGACUGUGAAAGCCUUCAACAUGCAGGACACCAUGAAGGCGAGGUAUGGCGUCUGUGCAGACAUUGCGGAGAACGUAGUGAACAAGGCUUCUGUCAAGACCGGGUUCGGCUACGGCUUCUACUGGCUCUGUAUUUUCUGUGCCAGCGCUUUUGGGUACUGGUACGGUUCGCAUGUGCU